GCAUCCCUCCCCCUCCUGGGUACCAGUUGGCGCUCCCGGGCGCUGGCGACGGAAAGGAUGGAGCAGCGUCACGAUCGUCCAGCCCCUUAAAGCCCUGCUGACUUAAGCCGCCUCCCUCCCUGCAGCCCGCGGUAGAGAUGAAGUAAAGGGGCACCCUUUGACCUGCCCAGGGGGAUCAGCGAUGGAGUUAAAGCAAUCUUUGUCCACCCAUCUGGAAGCUGAGAAGCCUCUGAGGCGCUAUGGGGCGGUGGAGGAGACAGCGUGGAAGGCAGAAGGACUGGGGAGAAAUCAGCUGGACAUCAUCUCCAUGGCAGAGACAACCAUGAUGCCAGAAGAGAUCGAGUUGGAGAUGGCAAAAAUCCAGCGUCUCCGGGAAGUCUUGGUUAGACGGGAGUCUGAGCUCAGGUUCAUGAUGGAUGACAUCCAACUCUGCAAGGACAUCAUGGACUUGAAGCAAGAGCUGCAGAACUUGGUCGCUAUCCCAGAGAAAGAAAAAACCAAGCUGCAGAAGCAGAGAGAGGAUGAACUAAUCCAGAAGAUUCACAAAUUGGUACAGAAGAGAGAUUUUCUUGUGGACGACGCAGAGGUGGAGAGGUUGAGGGAACAAGAAGAAGACAAGGAAAUGGCUGAUUUCUUGAGAAUCAAGUUAAAACCUCUAGACAAAGUAACCAAAUCUCCAGCCAGCUCCCGGGCAGAGAAGAAAGCAGAACCUCCACCUAGCAAGCCCACGGUGGCGAAGACAGGGCUGGCACUCAUCAAGGAUUGCUGCGGGGCCACCCAGUGCAACAUCAUGUAGCCCCCAAGUGGGGUGCCCCGAGGGCCAUGGGGACCCCCACCCUCCCAUCCUCUUGUCAUCAUAGCCCCUAUUUCACUGGGGCUCAAGAACUCUCCAAGGCAAAAGGGGUUAAAGGCAAGCCUGUGACUGCCACCAGGGGCCAUGGGCAUGGCAGACAGCCCUGGCCACCCUGUACAGAGUGUAGCAAUAGGGAGUCCCUCACUGUCGCAUGGCCCUCCCCACAGCAUGCCGAACCCAGGAGUCUGUCUCACUAUUUACCCAACCACCAGGAAAGGUCCUCCCUCACAACAGUAUAUGUCCAAUUCUAUCUAGCUGUAUCUAACCCACUGUGCCGAAUGAACUGGGAGAGGGGCAUGAUCCCCAGGUGUGUAUAGUUGUGACUUUUUAACAAUCAAGCACCACGUUGGACACAUCCCCCAGCCACCUUCCUAGUUCUGCCAUCAGGCCUGGCCCAAAAGGGCCUAAGUCCCCUCCCCAGUCUGUCCUCUCCCAGAGACUGUGCUCUGGGCGGCUCCACAUGGCCCACACAUCUUUAGGCGCCAUCAGUAUCGCCUUCUUGGAGACCGAUAACCUGCCUAUAAAGAAUGAGCUAGUGUGUGCUGUGGUGGUCAUGUCGCCUGCUUCCUCCCAUCCUAUGUCUGGGCCUGAUUCACACCAGGUGGAAGCAUCUACUAUCUCUUGGCUCUUCCUUUGCUUGCCACAUCUGGCCUAGAGUAUGGAACAGAGCGAGGACGGCAGGCCUGGCAGGAAGGAGUCCAGUGCUUGGGCAAGAUAGCGGAGAGCAGGCAGCUCCUACACUGAGGCCAAGGAGAAUGAGGAGGAGACCUGGAACAGAUGCUGACCCAGGCAUUCUUUACCCACCCGGGGCCACCGCAGGAGUCCAGCAGGAUGCCACCCCACCAGCUCCACACAAGACCUCUGUAAAGAACAGCAACAGGCAGGAGAGGCAGCCUGACCCAAACGCGUCCCAUCAUUUGGUGGUGUAUUUGAGCCAGCCUAACAAUCCCACCUGUGUAGCUUGAUGUACAUUUGCUACAGCCAGCCCGGCACAGCCUGUGUGACUUCUCUGUACGUGUAUGUGUGUCGUGACUGGCCUAAGUAGUUAGCGUAACUCAAGAUUUGCUGAUGCACAAUCAUCCAUCAGAGAAAAUAAAAAUGGAAACCACGUACACGGCAUUUUAAAGAUUUUUACUUUUUUCUUGAUUAUGAAAGUAAUUCGUGUACAUAGUAAAUAAUUUUAAAAGUAUACAAAGCAUAGAGAAGUUGUUUGUUUUAUUUUAAACACCCAUGAGUUCUCCAAUUAGAGACCUCUGACUUUUUUGCAUGUUUCCUUUAAUACUUUUUUAAGCAUUUUGGUUUUCCUGAUUGGCAUCAUGCUGUACCAUUUUAUAAGUCCCACCCCCCACUUAACAUUAUAUCACUAUGGUUUCCUCGCUUUAUUAAAAGCUCUUUGUAAACAUUAAACACUCUUCCUAAAUGUUCA